UCCUUCUCCCUCGCCUCGCUCCUCGCUUCUGCGUAAGAUCCCAGAACAACUCCAAAGCCCCCAUUUCAAUCUCUCUCUCUCUCUGCAUAAUUUCUCCGUUUCCGACUCCAACCACCCUACAUGGCGGUUUCUUUACGAGCUACCAGAGCCAUACCCUUUUCUUCUUUAAUCUCUCGUGCUUUAUCUUCUCCUUCUUUAAAUUCCGAAGCUGACCUCAAAUCUUCUCCCUUUUUCGCUCACAAUAAGUCUCUGCCUCUCCGUACUGACCACAAAGAUAAAAAUGUCCAGUGGGUUUUUCUUGGCUGUCCUGGUGUUGGUAAAGGCACCUAUGCUUCUCGCCUCUCUAGUCUUCUCGGUGUCCCUCAUAUCGCCACAGGCGAUCUCGUUCGCGAGGAGCUUAAUUCCUCUGGUCCUCUUGCCUCUCAGCUUAAAGAGAUUGUGAACCAUGGGCAAUUAGUUUCUGAUGAAAUUAUUAUAAAUUUGUUGUCCAAGCGUCUUGAAGCUGGAGAAGCCAAGGGUGAAUCUGGUUUUAUUCUGGAUGGUUUCCCUCGAACUAUCAGACAAGCGGAAAUAUUGGAGGGAGUAACAGAUAUCGACUUGGUGGUUAACCUAAAGCUUCAGGAAGAAGCAUUACUUGCAAAAUGCCUUGGAAGAAGGAUAUGUAGCGAGUGUGGAGGAAAUUACAAUAUUGCCAGCAUUGACAUCAAGGGGGAAAAUGGGAAACCUGGAAUGUAUAUGGCUCCACUCCUUCCUCCUCCUCAUUGUGCAACAAAACUUAUCCAACGAUCUGAUGAUACAGAAGAAGUUGUCAAGGAGCGACUGCGUGUUUACAAUGAAAUGAGUCAACCCGUUGAAGAGUUCUACCGCCAACGUGGGAAGUUAUUGGAGUUCAAUCUUCCUGGAGGAAUACCGGAAUCUUGGCCAAAGCUGCUUCAAGCUCUGAAUAUUGAAGACCAUGAAGUUAAACAAUCUGCAGCUGCAUGAGUUCCAAAUUCCAAUCUUUCUGUAUCAUAUUUGCAAGAUAAAUUAUCAUUCUUUUCUUGUGAGCAAUGUGAUAUUAUUUAAAAUGAAAGGGGAAAACAGGUACAAUAAACAAAGUUAAAACGAUUUAGAAGAUGCAAAACACUUACAUGGCACAAGGUUAUUAUGCUGUGAAAAAUUCUCAGUGUCCUCCAAUUCGACCGUUGACAAUAUUAUUUGGUGACAGUUGGUUCAGUUACAUUGUGGCCAACUGUCAUUGCCACUCUCUGUAUUAUUUGGUUAUGGAAUUCUGUUUCAGGGUUCUUUGGACAUUGAGGUGGCAAACCAGAAAAGCAAAUAAGAGGGAAAAUGAAUGAGCUACAUGACUUGGUAUUCUUCUUUGGGUAUGAACGUUCACCUUUGGUCCCACUUGACUAGUUUUAUUCAUAAUGAGGAGAUGGGCAAUUUCUGUGAUUAUCUUGAUUUUUAUUCACAAUUUAGCAUCUUUGCAUAUUUGAUCAGACAAUUCAAAGUCUGUGUUUCAUAUUGGAAAAGAUGUUUGACAAAUUUGUUGGCUCAUCUCAUCCCAGGUCUUGGAUGGUUGGUUUCUGUCAGAGAUGUUUUUGUUUACAUGUGAAAUUGUUGAACCUGCAGCAGACAUGGUAGCCUCUUCCAUCUGUUAAACCUGUCUGAUUCAUAUUUUGGAUUUGUACAAUUCUUCAGAAUAUGCAAAGGAUUUAAGUUCUAAAAUCA